UACAUUGUAUAAGAAGCUGAUAUAAACAAACCGAACAGGUUUUUCUCCCGGUUUUAGGAAACAUAGAACCCAAAGGUUCCCAAUAUAAAUAUAUAAUUGACUUGAAACCUCACAAUGCAUGCCCAGAAAAUAAUAGUAAUCCAUCCAGGAUCGCUUCAUUUGCGCAUUGGUCGUGCUAGUGACCUAAAUCCCAUAACUAUACUGCACGCAAUCGGAAGGCUUCGUAAGACGACAGACAGCAAACAAGACACGAGCCUGGGAUAUCAUGAUACCAUGUUACCAAACCUGGCCAAAGAAAAGGAUAUUGACAUAAUGCAAGAGUUUGAGGAAAGCCGACUUCUAGUUUCUCAUUCAUUACAAUCGCAUGUCACACAAUAUGAAGAACGUGGAGGAGGUGCAAAGCGACUUCGAAUAGCCACGCCGCCACAGCAAAUUGCAACAUUCAAUCGAAGAUCUGUUCCUGAAGAACUUCCAUUAGAUACUUCAAUUAAAAGUGAGAUAACAGAAGUAAAAGAAGAUGAUAAAGUGGAAUCAAAGAAAAUAAAAGUAAACAUUUUUGAUGAUGAUAUUCUUAGACUGAAUAAAGAUGAAAGAAACGAAUAUAACAUACACUUUCCAAUGAAGAGAGGAGAUCUUAAUUUACAUAGCAACAUUGGUGGUUCUGUGACCUCUGUAAUGUCUGAUUUGGAGUCUAUAUGGUGCCAUGUGAUUGAGGAACGCAUGGGAAUACCCCGGCGUACUUUGGGACAAUACGGAGCUGUUUUGGUAAUUAGUGACGUCUACAAUCGAAGCGUAUUGCGAGAAUUAGUGACAAUACUGCUACAACGUCUGGGAUUCCGUGCUUGUUUUCUAGUCCAGGACCAUGUUGCCGCCACAUUUGGAGCUGGUUUAGGUUAUGCAUGUGUCGUUGAUGUGGGCGAUCAAAAAUGUUCAAUAUCAUGUGUUGAAGAUGGUAUAUCACAUCCCGACACCCGAGUACGCUUAGGCUAUGGUAGCGGAGAUUUAGCGCAAGUUUUCCUUGCAUUAUUGAGAAAAUGUAGUUUUCCCUACAAGGAAUGCAAUGUUGAGGAAAGUUACGCUGACGCUGCUCUUAUCAAUAAUCUAAAAGAGCUCUAUUGUCAUUUAAACCUGGAGGUAUGUGGAGCCCAAGAGAAAAUCUUUGAGGUGAAAAAGGAAAACAAGCGACUACGUUACACCUUCCAGUUGGGCGAUGAAUGUGUUGUCGCCCCUCUGGCAUUCUUUCAUACUGAAUUAUUUAAUAUAACUGGGAAAAAGAAGACGGUACAAUUACAAAUGCGCAGCAGCCAACAAUCUGAUCCAGAAGAUUGCUUCGAUGCAGAAUAUAUUCGGGAAACGGGACGAGUACGUAAUGGCAGAGGAGAUCAAUUGCUUGACGGAGCUAUGCCCAUAACUGGAGAUACACCAGACGAAGAACUCGUUGUGGUUGACAAUUUUGAUGUUGACGAUCGUUCGGCGAAUGUACGUAACACGGAUAAGGAAGAACAGAUGUACUUUGCACCUGGUAGCGGUCAAAUUGUACCCAUUGACGUGGCUGUUGUACGCAGUAUUGAACGUUGCAUGACCGAGGAUAUGAAACGUAAAAUGUAUGGCAGUAUUUUAUUGGUGGGUGGUGGUAGUAAAUUAAGCGGCUUCUCCAAGUGGUUGGAACAAAAAAUUAUUCUACACGUACGUUCGGCUGAACAAUAUGCCUACGAGGUAAAUGUAUGUGUCAAGGAAAUGGAGGCAUCAAUGAUUGCAUGGAAAGGUGCUGCCAUUAUGUCAUGUUUAGAAAGUGCGCCGGAACUAUGGUUAUUCGCUGAUGAAUGGCAAAAAUGUGGACUACGUAUAUUACGUGAGAAAAGUAUAUUUAUGUGGUGAAUAU